AUGACUACAUUCGUCGGCUUAUGGACACCAUGGCAUCGCUCAAGUCUACAUCUUGCUCUAACAGUACUGGACGAGCCGUUCGUGCACAAAGACCUGGCAACGUGCACACAUGUUUUCGUGCGAAACGAUCAAGUUGUUCCUCCGCUGACUCCGCCCUACGACGGCCCUUACGAAGUUAUCAAGCGUUACGACAAAUACUUUAAGAUCAAGUUACCGCUUCGUUCAGCUGUGAUAUCGCUAGACAGGCUUAAGCCAGCCUACAUCUGCACUGAAACGAUCGAGGAGACAGCCGACCUUAGUUUUCGACAGUCUAACCAGCCCUACGUCACCAGAUCCGGAGAGUGUGGGUGCAAUCUCACACCGCGUACAUGGAGCGCAAAAUGUCUGUCCAAUCGAACAAACCAAGACGUGCUACUGGCUCUAGCAGCCGCUCAAAGUGGUUACGAAUACAACAGACCAGGGAAACCGUUCGGUCCAGGAUCGACGUCCAGCCGACCGGGAUACUCAACAGCACAAUCAGGUGGCUUCUCAACUACCACCUCUUACCCCAUAAGACCAUCAAGCGAUGACUACUCCAGCUCUACUCAAGGAUACCCAUCUGGACCCUCCGGAUACCCAAGUAGUCCAGGAUAUCCAGGAUCGACCAGUCAACGGCCUCUAUCUGGCUACCCGGGAGGAUCAUACCCAGGCCAGGGUGGCCCCGGGCAAGGACCUAGUGGACCAGGAGGUUAUCCAGGUCAAAGUGGACCCUCGUAUCCAGGGCAAGGACCAAGUGGACCCGGAGGCUAUCCUGGACAAGGACCUCGUGGGCCUUCAGGCUAUCCGGGACAAACCGGAUCGUUUCCCGGGCAAGGCGGGAGGGGACCCGGUAGUUUCCCCGGUUCAGGAUUCCCAGGAUCGGGAUCGCCUGGUUUUGCUCCAGGUUCUCCAGGCUUCGGGCCAGGAGGACCAGGAUUCGGACCAGGUUCUGGAUUUGGUCCUGGAUCGCCUGGGUUUGGACCUGAAGAUACUGGAGCUUAUCCUGGUGGCGACUACUCUGCUAUCCCUGGUACACCAGACAUUGAUUAUCCAAUCUAUUCUGACGUCCCUCAAACUUCUUUCAACUGUGAAUCUCAAGCUUACCCUGGAUAUUAUGCCGAUGUAGAAACUCGUUGUCAAGCCUUCCAUGUGUGCUCUAAUAACAAAACCUACGACUUUCUCUGCCCUAAUGGUACUAUCUUCUCACAAGAAGUAUUCGUAUGCGUCUGGUGGGACCAAUUUGACUGCAACUCCGCUCCUGGACUCUAUGGUCUCAAUGCCAAUCUUUAUGACUAUUCUAUAAUUGGAUCUCCUGGUAAUUAUCCUCAAGGACCUCAAGGAAGUUAUCCAGGCAGUUCGGGACUUCAAAGGCCGGGGUCUGGUUACCCGGGAGGCCCUGGAACUCAAAGACCCGGUGGGUCCUACCCGGGAGGCUUUGGACCCCAAGGGCCUGGUUACCCUGGCUCUGGACCUCAAGGACCGUCUAGUGGCUACCCUGGAGGUUCCGGACCUACCUCCCCAGGCUACCCUGGAUCAGGACCAGGAUCUUCUUAUCCAGGCAGCUCUGGCCAAGGACCAUCUACUGCUUAUCCAGGAACAAGUUCAGGCUAUCCAGGCAGUGGAUCCUAUCCAGGAAGUCCAGGACCACAAGGACCAUCAACAGCAUACCCCGGGACUAGUGGCACACGAGGACCAUCAUAUCCAGGAAGUUCCGGGCCAGGUUAUCCUGGUUCAGGUUCCUACCCAGGAUCCAGUUCCUCGAGCUAUCCAGGCGGAAGUAGUGGCUACCCGUCAGGAAGACCAAGCGGUCCUGGUUUCCCUGCCGGUCCCGGUGGAAGACCACAGCAGCCUAACAGAGAAUACCUCCCACCUAGAAACUGAGCAAGCUAGCAAACUUCGAUCGAAUAAAAUCAGUAUUUUACAUGCCAAAAGAGGAUUUUAGGAGCCGGUUUAUUUGUAUGAAACCUGCUUCUAGAAUCGUCUGGAGGUAUUAGGUAUAGGGCUGUAUAUGCCACGUAGAAUAAGUAUUUGCCAAAAUAGCUUAUAUGCCAGUAAACGUCGACGUUGAUAAACGAAUUUGUCGGUGCUGUCUUUUAUAAAUGUCUUAGAAGCGUAUCUACGCGAUAUUUCUUUAUUUUUAUAAUUAUUAUACAAUUUUUUUAUAUUCUUCGUUUACUUUUUGACCUAAAGUUACCAAAACUAGUGUUCGUAAUAAAGUCCAAAAAUAUCAAA